GCCAAUCGUAAAACAGCAUCCGCAAAGUGAAGUCGCUGCUAUUUUGUAGUACCACUACAUUCUUAUUUAUUUAAGUAAUAUUUAAAGAAUGUCCAGCUAACUAUAUGAUUGCUAGUUCAAAAAUGUUACUUUCUGCAUCGAUCCUAAUAUAUUUCUUGCUGAAUCUGCAAUCUUCGAGUGCUGAGAUUGCCGACUGCAGUUUCUAUGAUACCGUUGAUAUCUCGGAAGGCCAGAGGCUCUCGAAUGGAUCAUACCUCUACGAGGGAUUACUUAUUCCCGCCCAUUUGACGGCCAAGUAUGAAUUCAAGCUUCUGGCGAAUGGAGAUAAGGAGCAGGUGCCAAGUCACGUGAGAGGAUGUGUGUGCAAGCUAAGGACUUGCGUCAGGUUUUGCUGCCCACAUGACCACAUAAUGGAUAUGGGCGAAUGCUACGCCAACAUGACGACGGAGGAGAACGAAUUACUGGACCCCAUGCUAAAUGUGACCCUGGACGACGGAUCAGUGGUGCAAAGGCACUAUAAGAAGGAGCUCAUGGUGCAGUGGGAUCUGCCAAAGCCCUGCGAUGAUAUGUUUUACCUAGACAACCGGGAUAUAAUGGAUGAGUACACCUUGUUCGAGAAUGGAAGAUUGCUGCGCCACUACGAUCAAGUGUAUUUGGACAAGUCGGAGUACUGUCUGCAGCACCGAACAUUCGGCGAAGGUAACAACAACUCCAUUCGCAUUAUACCCCACAACUGCUUGAUACUGCCAUCCAGAACGGGACAGACCGUUGUGAUGAUCACAUCGUUGAUAUGCUUGGUUCUUACCAUCGCCGUGUACCUGUGCGUUAAGAAGCUAAUGAAUUUGGAGGGCAAGUGUUUCAUCUGUUACAUGAUGUGCCUAUUUUUCGGAUACCUGUUCCUACUCCUUGAUCUGUGGGAGUUAUCGCUCGAUUUCUGUAAAGCAGCAGGUUUCUUGGGAUACUUUUUCGUCAUGGCUGCGUUCUUUUGGCUAUCUAUCAUCAGUCGGCACUAUUGGAAAUGUCUUACCAAUCCCUGUGCCUCGAUGAACAUUCGGUCAGAACGUGCGUUUCUGCUAUACAGCUGCUUCGCCUGGGCAAUGCCUUUGGCCUUGACCGGAGUCACCUAUCUGGCUGAUAACGUUGUGAACAACGAGGAGUGGCAGCCUCGCGUGGGCGACGAAGGGCAUUGCUGGAUCUAUACUAAAAGCUGGUCUGCAAUGGUGUACUUCUAUGGACCGAUGGUGCUCCUGAUUCUCUUCAACAUAACUAUGUUUGUUCUGACGGCUAAACACAUAAUAGAUUCCAAGAGGACUCUUCGAAAGAUUGCUCGCAAUGAAGGUAGAAUACAGAAGCUGAAUUCGGACAAACAGAAUUACACACAAUUUCUGCUGCUCUUCACUGUGAUGGGGAUGUCGUGGAGCUUUGAGAUAUUCUCCUACUUGGUGCAACGCGAGAAACUGUGGGUCAAUAUCUUUCUGGUAGCUGACUACUUCAACUGGUCCCAAGGCGUCAUUAUAUUUGUGCUAUUCAUUCUGCGGCGCAAAACUCUUGUACUAUUCAAGAAACAAAUAUUUCCCAAACAGAGAGCCUUUAGUAGAUCUGCAACUCAAAGUACGAUUGAAUCCAUUUCUCAAACAAAAAGGCAUUUUAACAUGACAUAGUAUUUUCUUCUCUUCGAAUUAAUCAAUUUAAUAGUAAAGUAUAACUUUUUUUCUCACAAAAUGUAUGAAUAUAUUUCACUUCAUUCUACAUUCUAUAUAGAAUUCAUUUAAUCACAAAAUGUAUGAAUAUUUUUCUUUAUAUGACGUGCAUCGACUAUAGAAAAUCGACUAUAGUGUGCCACAAUAUAUUUUACUCAUCAUUUCCUAAUCAAACUAUUGCAAACUUAACUUUGAGCCGAGGAAAAACCCUGUAUGUCUAUCAAAACUAUGAGUCAAAAGUAUGACGCGAUGCUGAAAGUAGUUGCCUUUAAAUAUUGAAGUGAUAAAUGUAGAAAGAAGACAUUUGUAUGGAAAUAAACUAAGUUUGUAAAUCU